AUGCUGACAAAAACCUGUGAUCUAGUGGCAAAGAGUGAACCUGCCCUGCCUCUUGGUUAUCUCCCAUUGCGCAAAUGGAUUUCAGGUUACGGAUACCGACGAGGGAGCGUAAACCGCGGUGCCGCCAUUGAUACUGAGGUUGUUGUUACUGAAGUUCCAAAACAAGUGCCGCUGCUGCCUUUUGUAAAGGUAGUCUAG